GAUGGGAGUGACCAAGCCAGACUGUUCUGGACUUGACUAUGUGCUGAUUGUGCUCUGUGUUGAGAUGGGGCACCAUGUUGUUGUGCACAGAGCAGUUGGGUUUAGGGAGGUGUGGGGACCUUGGAGGAGAAAGACAAUCGGACAGGCUGAGAGCAGUGAGCACCCAGGAGCUGCAAUGAGCCUUAAAAGUGGGAGAAUAGGGUUGCCCGUUUCCAGCAGAUCAAACUGAUGUUCAUGCUGAGGCCACAUGGCACAUCUACAGGUCUGGGGUGGGAGUUCCACCAGGAUUUGGUGAGAGCUUGGACCCUCUCAUGAACCCAGAGCUGAGGGGUUCCCUGGGCAGACCCCUGGUGGUGGGCAGGUUUGUCUGUCCUUGCCAGGUUUAUGGGGUAUCUGCAGCCACGUUUCCCUGUGGGCCUGUUCACAAAGCCUCCUGUAGCUCGUGUGAAACUUUGAAGUAAAUAACAGGCUGAAGGCUGGCAGGAGGAUGAUAGGAGGAGCUCCUGAGUGACACUCCACUGGCCGGGAGUCCCAUGUUGGGUUUUAACUGUCAUCACUCACUGUGGUAGAGCUGUUCCCCCACCCUCGCUCCCCUUCUCAGGAGGGCAGAGGGCUGCUGUCCUCACCAUUUAUUAUAACAAUUUACUGAGAUAUGACCCAUUUAAAAUGUACACUUCAGUAUGGUCAGUAUACUUGGAGUUGUGCGCCCAUCCCCUCCAUUCGAUUCCAGAAUAUUCCAUCACCCCAAAAGAAACUUGUCCCCAUCAGCAGUCACCUUCUCUCUCUCCCCAGCCCCUGAUAACCACUGACUCACUCCUUGUCCCUGUGGAUUUGCCUGUUUUGGAGAUUGCACGUAAAUGGAAUCAUACCGUGUCGCCUUUUGUGUCUGGUGUCUCCCACUGAGCAUCAUGUGUUUAGGGUCCAUCUGCAUUGUAUUGAGUGUCAGUGCUUUACUCCUUUUCACGGUUGAGUAAUAUUCCAGUAUGUGGAUGACCACAUUCAUAAGUUGAUGGACACUUGGGUUAUUGUGGCUCUUGUGACUCAAGCCAUGGACAUGCUUGGAUAGGAUUCUUUGUGGGGGUGUUUUUAUUUUGCUUUGGUGGACACCUGGCAGUGCAUUGCAGGGCCAUGUGGUGACUGUGACCUUCGAAGGAACUGCUCACUGUGUUAUGGAGAGACUGCCCAUUGCACGUCCCCACCAGCGUGUUGGAGGUUCCGAUUCCUCCAUGUCCUUGCCAGCACUUGUCACUGUGAUCUGUUUGAAUGUAGUCAUCCCAUGGGUGUGCAGUGUGUCUCACUGGUUGUAAUCUGCAUUUCCCUCUUGCCUGAUGGUGUCAAGCAUCUUUUUAUGGGCAAUGGCCAUUUGUGUAUCUGAAGAAAUGAUCCUUUGGUCAUAUUGUAACUGAGUUGUCUUUUUAUUGAGAGUUCUUUAUAUAUUUUGGAUAUAAGGCCCAAUGACCUGUGCAGCUCCCACCUGCCCUCCCCACUUGGCUCCGGCAGCUUUGCUUUUGGCAGUGGCGCAGGUGAGAGGGGCCAGGUGUGUGCUGUGCAGCACCCGCUGUCCAGAUGGUGGUGUCCAGCUCUCCACCGUGGGGCUACUCCUGCAGAAGGUGAUGUCACAUGGGACUGUGAACAGCCCCACCUUCUCUGCCACACAGCAUGCCGGCAGUGCUUCUGAAAUGUCACCUUGGGCAGAAGCAGGUCUUCCAUGGAUGUCUUGUCUCCUGUCUGUGGCUUUAAGGACACCUGUGAUAGCCCUGCCCUGUACACACCCAACAAUCACAGUGUGGACUGGGCUUGUUUCAAGGACAUCAGCGUGGUUUCAGGGCUCACACAUUUUGUGCCUGGGCGGGUCCUCUGCUCCCUGCCCCAGGACAUCACAGUCUGCCACCUGGCUGCCGGAGGGAGGGAUGCAGGGGGUGUGGCCAGUGCAGAUGGGGUCAUGCUCUAGCUUAGGGUCACAGGUCCUCUGCCGGGGCUGCCAGAAUGUUCCAGAAAUGCUACUGUGGGGUGUCCACAGGUCAGUCCCUCUGCCCUCAGUGGCCACCUUCCUGGGAGCUGACCUGCUGAGGCCCAGAUAGCCCUAGAGCCCCACAGAUAGUCUCUUGUGCAGCCCUCCAGGAGUAUAGGAUCAGGCACCUACCCAGGACCACAUCUCCUUUAUGUGCGUGUAGGGGGCCACUGAGAAUGUUCUUGUGAACAGCUUGCUGGACCCUUAUUAGCUGGCUUGUGUUUGCUGCAGGCCUUGUCAGAGCCUUUAUCAGCUGAUAUGCUGAAUGGACACUCUGAAACUCUCUGACUGGGAUGUGGGCAGUUGGGGAGAUCACCUGCAGAAGAACAGGUUGAGAUAUAGAGGUUGUAGCUGUGGUUGAUAGGUGCCCAUGCCCAAACCUUGCCCACAUCCAUCAGCCAGGCCUCUGCUGGGUCUGAUCCUGGACUGGAGCAGUUUCACAGAAGGGUUUCGGGAGGUGACUCCCAUCCUGAGCCUCACUCCUGUCCUCUGCUGCUUGCUUUGGCCUGAGACCGGGGCCCAAGGUGUGUCCUGCUCCAGGCAGGGUAGACACCCUGCCUACUGAGCCCAUGGAGGCAGAUGACAUGGCGUCCGGGAUGCUGAGACCAUGCUCAUGUGCUCUCUCCUCCCACAGGAUUACAUCUGCCCACGAUGUGAGUCUGGUUUCAUCGAGGAACUUCCAGAAGAGACCAGGAGUACAGAGAAUGGUUCCGCUCCCUCCACAGCCCCCACAGACCAAAGCAGGCAGCCAUUUGAGAAUGUGGACCAACACCUCUUCACGCUGCCACAGGGCUACGGGCAGUUUGCUUUCGGCAUCUUUGACGACAGCUUUGAGAUCCCCACGUUCCCCCCAGGGGCGCUGGCCGACAAUGGCAGGGACCCCGAGAACCGGCGGGAGAGAGAGCAGCAGUCCCGGCACCGGUAUGGCGCCCGGCAGCCCCGUGCGCGCCUCACCGCAAGGCGGGCCACUGGCCGGCAUGAAGGCGUCCCCACGCUGGAAGGGAUCAUCCAGCAGCUGGUCAAUGGCAUCAUCACUCCAGCCACCAUCCCCAACCUGGGCCUGGGCCCCUGGUGAGGGUGUCCUGCACUCAAACCCGAUGGACUACGCCUGGGGGGCCAAUGGACUGGAUGCGAUCAUCACACAGCUCCUCAAUCAGUUUGAAAACACAGGCCCCCCACCCGCAGACAAAGAGAAAAUCCAGGCCCUUCCCACCGUCCCUGUCACCGAGGAACACGUAGGCUCUGGGCUGGAAUGCCCUGUGUGCAAGGACGACUACGAGCUGGGUGAGCGUGUGCGGCAGCUACCCUGCAACCACCUCUUCCAUGAUGGAUGCAUUGUGCCCUGGCUGGAGCAGCACGACAGCUGCCCUGUCUGCCGAAAAAGCCUCACAGGACAGAACACGGCCACCAACCCCCCAGGCCUGACCGGGGUGAGCUUCUCCUCCUCCUCGUCAUCCUCCUCCUCCAGCUCACCCAGCAAUGAGAACCCAGCAAGCAACUCCUGAGUCCCCCCGCCAGUCCCCAGAGUAAGCACAGGACCCUGGCCAGCACCAGGCCCUGUGGGCAUGAGGGACACGGACGUCCUGGAGCCCAGGAGGUGCCCCCCACCUGCCUCAGCUCUCACACCACCGUGGCUCCCAUGGACUCUGGUGCCAGCUGUGCCCCCAGCCGUGGGCAGAGGCUCGGAGGACCCACUGCCUCCAGGUUGUGGAGGAAGCCCGGCCCUCCCCCAGGGAUGUCCCUUGAGGGGCUGGGCACAGAGGGGCGCAGGGCAUGUGUCGCCCCCAGCAUCCUGUCCCAUUUGUCUCUAACCUCACCCUCUACAUGUUCAACAGUGAAAAGGUUUUUAUAAUUUUAAAUUAUUACUGCUUUGAAAUAAAUGGACGUUAGCUCACACGCGGCCCUGCAUGAUCUGUGGAAAGACUGGGUAGAGCCACUCAGCUGGGGUCUUGGCCCCACCAGACAGGCCAACAGUCCCCACCUUGAGUGCAGGGGGCUCGGGACCACAAGGAUGACCAGCAAAACAGAACUAAACUGCUCUGACAUGUUUUUUAAAGGAAAAAAUAUAUGUAUCUUGGAAGUUAUUUAAAAAUACACCUACUUAGAGAA